CAACACCACAAGGGAAUCCCAUGUCUCUGCAAUCCAUCAUCCAAUCCGUUGUUCAACAGUAUGGUGAUGCUAGCUCUCUGAGUCAGCAACAGAUGGGUCCAAAUCCGCAUGCGUCCGUGUCUGGAUAUACACCUCAGCAUGCCUUGCACGCCUCAGAGCGUGAGCGGUGGGCACGUUUGUCUUACUGUUCUCCUCCCGUGGAGACAAUCAUGCUAGAUAUCUCAGCAUUAUAUGAAGGAGGGACAAGGAAGGGUCAUCUUCAUGGUACACACUUUGGAAACAUAUGUGAAGGGAAAAGGGACAUCGACGCUCGCAUCACCGCUCCCGAACUUGUGACCCUCGCACUUACCACCAUUAUUCCCAAAGUCAUCGCCUUCUGUCCAGACUUUCCAUGGAGGUUUCAAGAGUUUAUCAUUCGUGAUGCAUCAUGGGUGGAUCUCUCUACUCAUCCUGAACUGCACUGGCCCUAUUUCUACUCUAGUUGUAUUCAAGCAAACCGGAAGAAUGCGAAGACACCUGUCUUCAAGACCAAGCAAUUUUCCCUUUACAUUGUUAUUCCUGCAUCGCAGUGGAAAGAAUACGAAGAGCAUGUGGAGGCAAUCAUCUCCUCGGCUCUCGACAAACCUGCCAUAGAGUGUGGUGUGACUCAGAUCCAGAGUCAAGAUGUAUCCUCUAGCAGGGCCACGAUGGCCUAUGAACUACCCACGCCCGUAUCGCGAGAUCACAGCCAAGAUUCGUUCACAACCAGUUUUGCUAAUCAACCUCUCUACCUUGGUGUCAUCGCUGCCAAUGGAUCAGCAGUCGGUCAAUGCAGAGAACCUUUGUUCAUUUCGACCACUGGACUUUCUGCACCGGGAAAGCGUUCCCACCAGCAUUCCAACAGCAUAUCAUCUCCGACAUCUCUGCCUAGGAAGAAGCAGCUGGCCAGGCCUCUGUCCCCUGACCAUGAUCAUGUGAUAAAAGCACUUUUAUCUGGUGGCUCAGCAGAUGUCGAUGUCAAGAAAGAGAUCUUGGAGAACCCCAACAAGCAUUCAUUCAAAGUCGACCCACUAUCCUCGCACCCCGGCCAGUUGAUAUUUGAUACUUCUUCCGAUUCUCUUGUAGGGGCUGGAGGAUUUAAGACGGCUUAG